AUAAGAACUAGUUCUUUAAGUACGAAAACAUAAAUACAUAUAGGAAUAAAGAAAACCAAAUUAGACAAUAUAUAAGUUAGUGAAUCACGGUCAAAGCCAAAUUCAAAGUUAGUCCAUACCCACUCACAUACCUACAGGAAGAGAUUUAGCAAAAACAAUGACGGGAUCAUUCAGUGUCAAGCUCAAGUCCAAAAAAGGUCAAUUCAUUGUCAACGACCUAAACGAACAUACGACGCUGGGGGAACUGAAAACGAAAAUAGUCCAGGCCACCGCCAUCCAAGCACCCCAGCUACACGUUCUCGUGGGCUAUCCCCCUAAGCCACUGGACCUUUCGCAGCAGCAGGAGCAGCGCGAUCUCAAGACGGUUGGCAUUAACAGCGGCGAAACACUGAUUGUUGAGGAGAAGGCUGCUCCUGCACCCACUGCCACUCCCAUUGUGCCUGGAGCUUCCACGAUGGCGGAUGAUGAAGCGCUGGCGCGUCGUCUGCAAGCCGAGGAGGAGGCACAGCUCCUGGAGGCAACCGGAGGCGCUCCUGCCCAAGCGUCCGAACUCCUUUUACCUGCGGCGCCCACGGAAAGCGGGCCUAACGGUGACUUUAACGGUAUCCUACUUAAGAAGGUAGUGCCGGCAGACAAUUCGUGCCUCUUUACCAGCGUCCGUUUCGUCCUCAAUGGCAAGGUGGACAACGAGGGCAGCGAAAUGAUGCGCCAUAUUAUUGCCCAAGAGGUGGCCGCCGAUCCGCAGAGCUACAACGACGCCGUGCUCGGCAAGUCGAAUGCUGAGUACUGCGCUUGGAUACAGAAGGCAGACUCAUGGGGUGGCGCCAUCGAGGUGUCCAUACUGUCCAACUACUAUGGCAUCGAAAUCGAUGUCGUUGAUAUCCAAAAUGCAAUAAUUAAUCGCUUUGGCGAGGACAAAAACUUCGGACUACGUGUCUUCCUGCUUUUCGAUGGCAUCCAUUAUGAUCCACUGUAUAUGGAGACCUCGCAGAGUGCUGCACCGGCAACUAUUUUCCCCGUGGAGGAACUAGGCGUCUACCAACAGGCCGAGCAAUUAGCCAACGAGGCGCAGUCCUCCCGCCAAUACACCAAUGUAGACAAGUUUACACUGCGCUGCAUGCAAUGCGAUGUGAGGUUGGUUGGCCAGGUGCAAGCCCAGGAACACGCCAAGCAAACCGGACACCAGCGCUUCGGAGAGAUUUAAUACGUCCUGAUCUUCGGCACCGUCUACAUUGUGGCUUUCAUGCUGUUCGCCUACUACCUGCUCACCACCUAGCCACAAUCGCCGUGCGAGGAGUCAUCUGCAGUAGCUAAAUUGUACUACCUCCACAUCACCGCCUACAUAAGUUAUUGAUUAAUGAACCCAGCCGCCUGUAUUCAUAUAAUCCCUCUUUAAUCCCUUUCGGAACGCAAUAAAGUUUACACCUUCAUCUACACUAGAA